CCGGGCGAGGCGCCCACCAGGAGGAAUGGCACUACUCCUGCUGAGUCUAGGGCUGAGGCUGGUCUCUGCCCAGGAGCUCGACCCCCGAGCCAUUGUGCGGAAGAGCUAUGACAUGGCCAAGGUUUCGGGGGUCUGGUAUUCAGUGUCCAUGGCGUCCGAUGACAUGAAGCGGAUCGAGGAAAAUGGGGACCUGAGGGUCUUCAUACGGAAUAUUGAAAGCUUGAAAGACGGCGGACUGAGGUUCCAUUUCCUGUUCAUGGUGCACGGGGAGUGCGUGCAGGUGGCCGUGGUCUGCGAGAGAACAGAGAAGGACGGCGAGUACGCGGUCAGCUAUGAAGGCGACAAUAAGGUGCUCCUGUUGGAGACUGAUUAUAAACUGUACAUCACCUUCCAUCUCCGGAACAUGAGAAACGGGACAGACACCAACGUGCUGGCACUCUAUGGACGGGUGCCGAACCUGAGUCCCAGCUUCCUGAACAGAUUUGAAAAAGUCUGCAGAAAGUACGGACUGGGUCCACAGAACAUCAUCAGCCUGAGCAACCAAAAUACCUGUUUCAAAUACAAGAAGUAGAGGAACCCGCCCAGGCCUUUUGGACCCUGAGAUCGUGACCUGAGCUGAAGGCAGACGUUUCACCGACUGAGCCACCCAGGCUGAACACAGUGGUCCCCGCGCCUCGGGACGUGGCUCGGCGUGCACAGGAAGGAGCGUGAUGGUCUCAAGGCGGCGGUGCCGAGUGAUAGCUGCCAACCCCAAAAAGUGACACUUUACGAUUGCCUUGGCCCAACAGUCUCGAAAACCACAGAAACAGAGAACCACUCUGUGAUUUCCAGGGCUUAGGGGUGGGGAGGGGGUGCGGCCUGAAGGGGGGUCCCCACGAAUCUGGACUUUGGUGGAGGGUGUGGGAGCCUGCGUGCACCAGGAAAAGUGCGUGCCUGUAGAUGCACACUCACACGCUCCCCGCAGCGCAG